AUGUCAUCACGCAAGGUUCGCGUCAAGAAGUUGAAUGUCAAAACGACACUUCCAGUCCUCCGCGAAGACCAGAUCGAUCCCAACGAAUACGAAGCUCUUACAACUGAUAAUCAAAUCGCGACAGGUGUCGAGCAGGCAGAGGAAAACGAAUACCAUCUUCAGACUAUUCUCAAGGAGGCGGGAACCAGCAAUGAUCAAGAAAUUCCUGUCCCUCCUCCCCAGGAGAGCGACAUCAACUAUGAUGAUCUCUAUCCUGUCCCUUUCCACAAGCCCUCCACUUACAUUCGCUUCUCACAAACAGUCGAGGAGUGCAUAACAUGCCUCUAUGAUAUGACCACAGAGGAUGAUGAGUUCCUCAAGCAGUACAAUAGUAAACCGCCCGCUACGGGAGCUCUCUCCGAAGAUGACUUCGAACAUAUCAUGGAGGUGUUCGAAGAUACUGCCGCAGAACAAACCCCAUUCGCAGCAGUCGAUAAUACCGUUGCCGCUUAUGAUAUGAUGUUGCCAGGCCUUACUCACCUCAACAAAUCGGUUUCGACGGAUGUACUCCAGCACGCCAAACCCGUAUACGAGUACUGGAAGUCAAGGCGGCAGGAAGCUGGGAAUAAGCCAUUGCACCCCAGCCUUAAGUUUGAGACGCACCAGGAGACUGACGACACAGACCCCUUUGUCUGCUUCAGACGACGUGAGGCUCGCCAAACCCGAAAAACCAGAGCUCGUGACAACAAGAUUGCAGAGACCCUCAAGAAGUUGCGCCGCGAACUUGAGGAUGGCCGGCAAUUGGUUCUUCUGGCGUAUGAACGUGAAAUGGUGAAACGAGAAGUCAUGUCUAUGGACCGUGCUAUCUUUGAGGAAAGGGCAAGACUCAAAGACAUGAAGCUUCGACUGGGGAUCAAAGGCGAGGACGAGGAUCUCGUCAACCAAAAGCCUCAAAAACGCAAGCCCGUGGAACCCCCCGUUGUGCGACAACCGACUGGUGCUCAUUUGCGGCAACCUGUACGGUCUGAUGGUAGAACUCUCGAUGCUGACCUUGUUCUGCUAUCGGACAAGUUAGCAGAGAAGGAGACUGAACUGCGACUUGAUAUAGAAAUGAAGGUUCAGAAUCACCGAAAGUGGAACCAGAACCACAUUGACCUCACUCGAGAGCCACUGUCACCGGUCAAGGAACAGGGUACAGAAGUCAAGUUCCGACAAGCCAAGACGCAGUACUUGAUGACGCCUCCGGCGUCUACAUCUUCGGAGAUGGAAGUAGACGAGAUUGCACCUGACGCCAUGCAGCUGGAUAAACAUGAACCACCGGUGUUCCAGUUCACCGCUGGGUCAGGCGAACAGUCAAAGGGUAGUCAGCCUGCCUUCCGUCGCCGUAUCGGUCGCUUGAAUCGAUUAUGGAUUGACCGAAGAGGAAUGGUGACGCCACCACGGGAACUUGGUGAAGAUAGAUCGGAUCGGUGGAAGUAUGACUCUGACUCUGACGAUGAUGAACCGCCUGUGUACGAGGUGGAUCCAUUCGACACCCGAGCACUCAAAUUCAGAGCGACAAUUCCGCUGAAUCCUUAUAUGUUUAGAGGACGUCCAGCAGUUCCCCCAGAAUCUGUGGCAGCAGCGCAAGCACAGGCUGGUAAUCGAGUGCUGCCAUCGCCAGCAGUGGCGGCAGCGCAUGCCCAUGCCCAAGCGCACGCCCAAGCAGCAGCACAAGCGCAUCUGGCGGCACAAGCCCAAGCCAAGGCGCAAGCGGCCCAAGCCGUGUCGUAA